AUGGCUUCUGCCCCGCCGGCCAGUCGCGCCGAUGAAGUACAAAAUCUUCUGAAAGCCGUCGAAGACCUGCUCAUUCCGUUCAUCCGAAGCGCCGACGAGGACCCUUUGGCCCAGCAAUCACUGCACAACGGCACCAAUGGCGACUCCCAGCCCCGAGGCACGUCCCUCGUAGAACACAAGAAGCCAGAAGAGCUGCAGAAACUCCUCCAAUUAGACCUCCCCGAUGAAGGAACCGGACAAGACGGUCUGAUCGACGUCCUGCGCAAGGUUCUGCGCUACUCGGUCAACACAUGGCACCAGGGAUUCCUCGACAAGCUUUAUGCAUCAACCAACGCCCCCGGCGUAGCGUCGGAGCUUAUCCUCGCGGCGCUCAACACCAACGUCCACGUCUACCAGGUCUCCCCGGCCCUCACAGUCAUUGAGAAACACACCGGAAAGCAACUUGCCUCUCUCUUCGGCCUCAAUGGGCCCCGCGCCGGAGGCAUCUCCGUCCAAGGUGGCUCCGCCUCCAACACCACCUCCAUUGUGAUCGCGCGCAACAACCUCUACCCCAGCACCAAGAAAGACGGCAAUGGCAACUACCGCUUCGUGCUCUUCACCAGCGCCCACGGCCACUACAGCAUCGAAAAGGCCGCCCAGAUGCUCGGCCUCGGCAGCUCCUCCGUAUGGGCCGUCCCCAUCGACAAACAAGGCCGCAUGAUCCCCUCCGAGCUCGAAGCCCUCGUCCAAAAGGCCCUCGCCGAGGACCGCACCCCCUUCUACGUCAACGCCACCGCCGGCACCACCGUCAUGGGCUCCUUCGACCCCUUCCACGAAAUCGCCGACAUCUGCAAGAAAUACAACCUGUGGUUCCACGUCGACGGCUCCUGGGGCGGCUCCUUCAUCUUCUCCUCCGAACAACGCGCCAAACUCUCCGGCGCCGAAAAAGCAGACAGCAUCGCCAUCAACCCUCACAAAAUGCUCGGCGUCCCCGUCACCUGCUCGUUCCUCCUCGCCGCUGACAUCCGUCGCUUCCACCUCGCCAACACCCUCCCCGCCGGCUACCUCUUCCACAACGAAGACACCGCCGCCGCACCAGACACCCUGAACGGCGAGACCGAACUCGUCGUCGACUCCCCCGAGGUCUGGGACCUCGCGGAUCUCACUCUCCAAUGCGGCCGUCGCGCAGACUCUCUCAAGCUCUUCCUCAGCUGGACCUACUACGGUACCGCCGGGUACGAGCGCCAGAUCGAUUCCGCCUGCGCCGUGGCAGCACACCUCGCUACGCUGGUCGAGCAGAACCAGAACUUCGUCCUCGUGAGCGAGAACCCGCCGCCGUGCUUGCAGGUGUGCUUCCAUUAUGCGCCGAACCGUGCGUUCGUGCAUCCGCGCGGGCUGGUCUCGAAUGAGACGGAGCGCGGCAAGGCGAAUAGUAAGGUCACGGAGCAGAUCACUCAUGCUAUUGUGAACAAGGGGUUCAUGGUGGAUUUUGCCCCGCCGAGUGGGGAUGAGGAUGCCGUGGGCAAUGGGAAGUUCUUCCGUUGUGUGGUUAAUGUUCAGACGACGAGGGAGACAGUUGAGGCGCUGAUUCGGGCGAUUGAAGAGGUUGGGCCCGGGAUUGUGGAGAGGUUGAAGAGGGAGAGUGCCGGGGAGGUGUCGACGAGGAGGUUGGGGGAGAGGGGGCAUGGGCCUGUUGUGCAUCAAUGA